AUGGGUGUCAACGUGGAAACUAUUUCACCUGGCGAUGAGGCAACCUAUGCAAAAAAAGGUCAAACUGUUGUAGUCCACUACACUGGUACAUUAACUAAUGGACAAAAGUUUGACUCAUCUCGUGACCGUGGAAAGCCAUUCAAGUUCAAGAUUGGAAAGGGAGAGGUUAUCAAAGGCUGGGAUGAAGGCGUGGCAAAGAUGUCUGUUGGAGAACGCGCCAAGUUAACCUGCACUCCAGACUAUGCAUAUGGUCAGCAAGGACACCCAGGUGUCAUACCCCCUAACUCUACUCUUAUCUUUGAUGUGGAGCUCCUGCGCCUUGAAUAA